CAGGAUGGGUCAGGAGGCAAAGAUUACCAGGUGCUGUAUUCAAGGAACCGGGUGCAUUGGUCGGAUAAAACAGAUAUAGAGCUUUUUGGCCAUUUUGGCAUGCAGUGGUGGAUUUAAAAGGAGAUCGCACAUGAAGGAAAGACCCCAAAUGGAGGACGAACGCUGAAUAUAUAUCAUGUAAUUAAUGUUCUGUGUUCAUCCUUACUGCCCUGUUUUCAUAAAUGAAUAGCAUAUAUAGAACAUGCAGACAAGACUUUACCACCGCAAAUGGUUGCGAAGAAAUAUAUCUGGGAAAUAAAACCCAUUCUUGAAAAAUAUAAAGGCGUCCAAUGCGCCUCUUCCAGACACCAGGCUAUGGAAGCGUACUUCCGUCCAUUACAUGUUACGCUAUCGACUAGCAGGUGCUCAGGGGUAGCGGUUCCAGCAUCAUCGCCAUCCUUAUAAUAAAACAACUGGCUACAUAUUAAUAUCUUUAUAUCCUUGGAAGAUGGUAGCAAAGCAAAGGAUCCGAAUGGCAAACGAGAAACAUAGCAAAAACAUCACGCAGAGAGGCAACGUUGCAAAGACACUGAGACCACAGGAAGAGAAAUACCCAGUAGGGCCAUGGCUUCUGGCUCUCUUUGUGUUUGUUGUCUGUGGAUCAGCCAUCUUUCAGAUCAUUCAGAGUAUCAGGAUGGGCAUGUGAGCUCAGAACCCGGAUAAAGGGCAGCUCUCGUGUUCCUCGUUGAACCGAGGGCUGACGGCUACAGCGCGGAGGAAGACCAGAGGUUCAGACUAGAAUCUGCUGGAGGAUCGGGUCCCAGCGUGUGGCCUCUUGUUCAUGACGCGUCCCUUCUCAUGCUUGAUUGCGUUCUCGGCUAAAGAGACACGGGGCUUUUCUACCGACCGGAGCGAUUCCGGUCGGCUUUAGCCGUUUACGUGUGCUGCCAUUCACCUGUUUAACGUCCAUUUGUGCCAUAAAGUACGCAAAUCUCUGAAUAUGUGCCAUAAUCUGUUUAUAAAUUUUGUGCGCACAGUGAAAAUGUUUUUCAAUUAAAUGGUAAAGUCAA